AUGGCGACUCUCGCGCGCGUCGUCGCCGCCGCCGCCGCCCCCGCGUCGUCGUCGUCCGCGAGCAGACCGCGGACGGCGAACGCGUCGGCGUCGGCGCCAGCCGCGCGCCCGCGCGUCGGCGGCCCGUCGUCGUUCGCGUCGUCGUCGUCGCUCUCAUCGGCGCUCUCUCCGCUGGGGAUGCGUCGGCGUCCGCGCGUCUCGCCGUCUCGCCGUCGACCCCUCCCCCGCGCGGCCGUCGAUUCGCCGCCGCCCGCCGCCGCCGAGAAAGGCAAAGGCGCCGGGUGGAGCUCCGACGAGCUCCCUGACGAGGUCGACGUCGUCGUCGUCGGCGCCGGCAUCGGCGGUCUCUCGUGCGCGGCGCUCCUCGGGAAGUACGGCGUGAGCGUCGCGAUCGCGGAGGCGCACUACGUCGCCGGCGGCGCCGCGCACUCGUUCCGAGGCGCCGACGGGUACGAGUUCGACAGCGGGCCGAGCUACUUCUUGGGCCUGAGCUCCCCGCCCGGGGAGUCGAUCAACGGCGUGCGGCAGGUGCUCGACGCGGUGGGCGAGUCGGUGGAGGCGGCGACGUACGACUCGAUGAAAUUCUACUUUCCCGACGGCGACGGCGAGACGUUCACGUGCGUCGCGGACAGAGAAUGCUACCGCGACGGGAUCCGGAGAUUCGCGGGGGAGGACGCGGUGAGGGAGUGGGACGUGCUCGAGGAGGCGAUGGGGCCGCUGGGCGAGGCUGCGGUGGCGAUUCCGUUCGCGGGGAUGCGCGCGGACGCGGGCGUCGCGUUGACGAUGGCGAAAUACGUCGCUCCGAUCGUCAAGGCGUUGGGGGGCGGUCCGAAGGGCGCGGAGGGGUUCGAGGACGCGAAGUGGCUCCGGGAGAACUUCAGCGAGCUCGUGAACGAGCACGUGACGAACGCGUGGCUGAAGAACAUGCUCGAUCUGGAGUGUUUCGUCAUCUCCGGGUUGAAAGCGGACGCGACGAGCGCCGCGAUCAUGGCGUUCACGUUCGUGGAAAGGCACAAGAAGGAAGGGUGCGUGUACGACUACCCGAUCGGCGGUUCGCAGGCGAUCAUCGACGCGCUCGUCCGCGGCGUCCGAAAGUACGGCGGGAAGAUGGCGCUGCGGUCGCCCGUGGAGGAGGUGGUCGUGGGAGACGGCCGCGCCGUCGGCGUGCGACUGAAGAGCGGGAAAGUCGUGAGAGCGCGAAAGGCGGUCGUGAGCAACGCGUCCGUGUGGGACACCGUGAACAAGCUCCUCCCCGAGGACGUCAAGGCGGAGAGGAGAGCGCGCGGGGACGACGUCCACACGGAGAAGACGCCGCUGUGCGGGUCGUUCGUGCACUUACACCUGGGCAUCGACGCGACCGGGCUGCCGCCUCCGGAGGAGCUCGGGAUUCACCACCUCGUCGUGAAGGACUGGGGCGCGGGCGUGGACGGCGACCGGAACGUCUUCAACAUCUCCAUUCCGACGACGUUAGACCCGUCGCAGGCGCCGCCGGGGAAGCACACCAUCCACAUCUACGGCGCGGCGAACGAGCCGUACGAGAAGUGGGAGGGGAUGGAUCGAAAAUCUUCGGAAUACGCGGAGGCGAAGCGCGCCGCGGCGAACGAUCUCUACGCCGCCCUGGAGAAGGUCAUCCCGGACGUUCGCGACCGCGUCGAGGUGGAGAUGAUCGCGACGCCGCUUACGCAGCAGCGGUUCGUUCGAAGGCACCGAGGGACGUACGGUCCGGGCGUGGACAUGACGCGGACGAAUUUGUACGGCGCGGAUUUGGCUCCGGGACCGGCGACCGGGAUCGAGGGCCUGUGGGGGGUGGGGGACUCGACGUACCCGGGGAUCGGCGUUCCGGCCGCGGCGGGGAGCGGGUUCUUCACCGCGAACUCGCUCGUGAGCGUGUGGAAGAACCUCGGUCUGCUGUACGGACCGAAGAUUGGGAAGAACGUGUGACUGCCUUUGGGUAAUAAUAAAAUCUAGAGAGAUAACGUCACACCCCUUUCCCCGCGCCGGGAUCGUUCCGCGUCGGCAGCAGCGCUCCCCGUCGCAUCAUGAACUUAAUCCUGUGUCGGAACCUCCGCGUCACGAACUUCAACACCUCGUCGAGCAAGAUCACCGGAAACGAAAACUUAAUCACCGCGUUCCACUCCGCCGUCGACAGCGGCGCGACGGAAAACGUCGACGCGAGCCACGGGACGUAGAGGAUGACGCAGUGCAACAGCAUGCUGACGCAUAUCGCGCCCAGGAGCCAGUAGUUGCUCCACGGCGGGUGCGUCAGAAGCGAGCCGUUCUCCGACAGCGCGUUCAGCGCGUUGAACAUCUCCACGACGACGAGAACGCUCAUGCUCAUCGUCGACGGCGAGCGGUUUUUAAGAAACACGUCGCACGAGUAUCGUUGCUUUCCCUCCUCGCACGACUCGAACGACGUGAGCUCGCUCCAGGUCAGCAUCGGGCCGUCGAGGUAGGACAUGUACCACCACGCGAACGCGCCGACGGUGACGAACCCGACGUACAUACCGACGACGAGGUAGCGCACGAAGAGCCACCGGUCGACGAUAGACUCGUCCGGCCGCCGCGGACGCGCCCGCAUGAUGUCGCGGUCCGGCUUGUUAAACCCGAGCGCGGUCGCGGGCAGGCCGUCCGUGACGAGGUUCACCCACAGCAGCUGCACCGGGCACA